GACCAAUUUUAAAAAGUCACUAACUUACAUGAAUUUAAGCCAAAUUAACAUGGCUUCGUGAAUUUCUCAUCCUCUGAAAAAUGCAAACGUUCUUCUCGACUCCUCCUGCAAAGUUGCUCGUCGCCGUCGCCGUCGCUUCCACGCUUUCCGCCGGAACCUUUGCGUGACUUUGUCUACUAUCUCUAUCUUUGAAUCUCGCUCUCCUUUCUGUUUGGCUCUAUAUUGGUCUCUGUUCCGGCAAAAAGUUUUGCUGCCACCAUUCAAGAGCUAUCGCCGGUUUUCCUUCUACUGUGUGCAACGUCGUACUCCCAGUUGCUGGUUUUGGAGGUGUGAAAUGAAAGUUAGAGUUGUGUGUAGGAAACUAUACGACUACAUGCGCUAUGAUCUCAAAGAAAUUGCUUUUCCAUCCUCUUUGCCCAAUCCUCCUAACCUUAAAAAGCGCCGCAAAUUGACCUGGGAGCAGCGUAUCUGGGUUUUGAAACGAGCUACUAGGCUUUAUGCUGCUAGCUGGGUUCGUGACAUAGGUCCUGAUCUUCGGCCAAAUGACUACAAGACGGAUGAAGUGACCGAUGAACCUAAUGCUAAGAAAACAACUAAAGAUAAAGAACCCUCAACACUGGAGGAUCUUGCUGUAGCUGCUAGAGGGGGCAUGGAGACUCUCAGACCUGCUUUGCAGCGUGUGUAUAUGACCAGAGCUUCUGCAUAUAGGGAUGCUAUGAAGAGUUUUAUAGAGGGAUACCAAGAGGGUGUUCAGCAAGUAAUGGAGAAGAAAGAAAAUUCCAAAACUGAAGAAGAUGCUGAUGCAUCAAAAAAAUCAACUUGAAUGUCUUCUCCUGCUUAGCCACCUGUCAUCUAGAAUCAGAUUAGAAAUUUAAUUAUCCCCGGAAAUUCAAGGGUUUGAAUGUACGUCGCACCGAGCAAAUAUAAUUGGAUAUUCCAAAAUAAAGCAUCUGGGGUGGCUAAAUAUGCUGUGGAAGCACCUGAGUUAUGUUUUUGCUAUUUUUUGUUUUACGAAUUUUGAAUCUGUGUGCUUCUUUGUGAUGUUUAUAGAAUUGGCAUAAGUUGAUUCCAUGCUUAUUUAGCAGCUAUAUCAAAUGGUAUAUUUAGGGUUUGGUAUUGUGUUUUUGAUUUUGUAAUCAAUGGUUACUGAGCUUACUUAUUCUAUGAAAGUUGAGCUGGGGGCUCUGAAUUUCAUUCUCCCAAUAUUUCUUCUCA